CACGCCCAUCAACAAUCACCCAAAACAAAGAUGGCGGCUUGCAGGGAGACGAGACGCAGCUGGAAAAUUCACUGUGCAUUUGCUGUGUUUAUCUUGUUACAACUAUUUCCUCUCAAAUGUAUUUCGGCACCGCUGGAACCCGAAAACGAUUUAGUUGAGGUUCAACCACCUCUGAAUCCAGGAGUUGUUGGUUCAGAUCACUCCUUGCCUUUGGCAACUGCCAGCAAGGGUGCAGCAACAGCCGACAGCACUGGUACAACAGACAGCAAGGCAGACACAGUAACCAAUGACAAAGCUAGAACAUCUAUCGAGGUUGAUGACACAGCAGUCAUUAAGGCUGUAACAUCAGACGUAAAGGAUGCUGCUGCUACACCCAAUGAGAGUGCUACGCCUAUCAAAGACGCUACCACACCCAUCAAGGAUGCUACCGCACCUUUAGAAGACGCUACCACACCCAUCAAGGAUGCUACCGCACCUUUAGAAGACGCUACCACACCCAUCAGGGAUGCUACCACACCUUUAGAAGACGCUACCACACCCAUCAAGGAUGCUACCACACCUUUAGAAGACGCUACCACACCCAUCAAGGAUGCAAACACACCCAUCAAGGAUGCAUCUAUCGAUGGUGUAACAGCAUAUGUUGCACCGGCCACCAAAGGGAAGGUUAUAGCUGAAUCCCCUGCCAUUAUUAAUAAAACAACUGUUGGCAAGGAAGUAGGACGGACUACUACUGAAGAACUACUUCCCAAUCCCACUGAUGCAGAUGCUGCUGCCGCCUUUACCAUGGCUGCAGAUCCAGCCAUCAGCACCACCACAACCAAGCCCACCCUGGAGAAACCAAGCUCUGCCUCCAACACCAAGCUUGUCGGUCGCAUGAACCCUACAGAGGACGAGCAAGAGGACAAUCUAGAGUCCCAGGCAGAGAUUGACGUGUACGACAGAGAAAAUGAGGACGAUGUCGAUGAGGACGACGACUAUGACCUGCGGCCAGCAGUUAAGGCUCCUCUGAACAACGACGAGGAGGACGACAUCAUGGUGGACGCAGACAAUGACCCGGUGGUGCUCAGACCAGCAGAGAAUGCUGGGAAGAUAGACGUGCGUAUGAAGGACACCACCAUCUACACCAUCCAGGAUGAGGACUCACACUUCUUCUUCCACGUGGUCAUCCUGGCCUUCCUGGUGGCCAUCGUAUACAUCACCUACCACAAUAAGAGGAAGAUCUUCCUCCUGGCCCAGAGUCGGCGCUGGAGGGACGGCCUGUGCUCUCGCAACAAUGUGGAGUACCAUCGGCUGGACCAGAAUGUCAACGAUGCCAUGCCUUCCCUCAAGAUGACUCAAGAUUACAUUUUCUGAGCAGAGAAGGAAGUUGAAAAGACUGAACUGAAUUGAACAAACCUGUUUCCGGCUGCAUUGUUGAAAUGCUCGCUUUCCCACAAGCUUGCCCCACUUCCUCUUGCUUCAGGACAAUCCUGGGCAGGAGGGAGUUUGAUGGUACUUCAUCUCUGUAAUCGAUAGCCUACACUUUUUCAAUGUUAAUCCACGUACGUUGGAAAUAUUACUCUUUGU